UUGAGCUCCCAUUGGCUCCUGUCUGCAAAUACGUCACAAUCAUGAUUAGAAUUGAUGAUCGGACGUUCUGAUUUCAUUGUCUAGCAAAGGGGACUGGUAAAGAAAUCUGCUGAAUUUGAACGUUCGUCUGAUUUUGGCAUCAAAAAUGCCACAUUACCCAGCAGUGUGCCAGGUACACUGAGACAGGAUGAGUGCAAUCAAAAUUGUGCUAAUCUAGAAACAUGGAGGUUUCGCUGUGAUCUGCAUGGCUGCCCCAUUCCCCUCCAGUAGCAGAAUGGAUGCGUGGCCACAAAGACGUGGCCUGCAGGCUAUGAACCUACGGUCAGUGUUUACGGCUGAACAGCAGAGGAUCCUGGAACGUUACUAUGAUAAUGGGAUGACCAAUCAGAGCAAGGCUUGCUUCCAGCUAAUACUGCAAUGUGCUCAGGAGGCCAAACUGGACUUCAGCGUGGUCCGGACAUGGGUCGGCAACAAAAGACGUAAGCUCGCCUCCAGGGUAGAACAGAAUGGAGGCGUUUCUCAUUCCUUAUCCAGUCACGGACUCGCUGGGGGACUACUCUCCAAUCACACGUUAGCCGGAGGUGCUCUGACCAAUCAUAGCCUGGCGACAGGGGCCCUGCUACCCGCUGAAAUGGCUGCAGCGCGGAACAUCCAGAAUCGUGUGCACCUUCUCCCUCCAUCCUCGACCUUCCCUUCUUUCUCGUCAACAUCCUCCUCUCCUUCCUCUUCUUCUCCCCUAAGCAGCGGAAGUAACAACAACAACAACCACAAUAAUGACGUCAUACUGACCGGGAUCUACUCUCUCAACUCCGUUCCUCGCUCCCGACCAAGACCCACAGCCCCCCCAUCUCAGUCAGACACUGAGCUUUCUGCACGCACAUCCUCGUCUCUGAUCAACCAGGCCCUGCAGAGCAGGAGCAGCUCCACCUCCUCACCCCUCCACUCCAAGCUGGUCUCACUCUCUCAAAACCUCCCACCCCUCACAUCUGCCUCAGGACCUUUAGUCUACACUGCAGUCAGGAAGGGAACUUUAUCCCUUGGGGAGGCAGGGGUAAGUGCAGGAGCAGGUGUAGUACCUCACAGCUGGACUAGGCAGUACGGUACAGCGCAAACUCGCCCUUGGUCCUCUUCCUCACACUCCCAGACUAAGCUUCAGCCCAGACCUCACUCAAACUCCCAACCUCAACCACCUGCCCCUCAGAAGACUCGGGUCUCCCUCCCAGUACUCCCAGACUCUGGUCCUUCUGAACAGACGCCUCGCAUCCAGCAGGUCUUCACUUUGUCAGAAAGAGGCGAGGGGGACAGACUCAGGUCGAGUCAUGUGUCUACCCAGAAAGGCCAUGAGAGUCAUAGGCCGGCGCCCAAUCCUCUGGACACCAGUCAUAACUUCUCCAUCGCAAUGGAAACUGGAGAUGAAGAAGAUGAGUGGCAAAGGGAAGAGGAGUUGGCAAAUAUGGCCGCUCAGACACACAUCCACAGGGAGCAGGCGUCAGCCAGCCCAACCGGGGCUGAAGUGUCCGUGGCGAGAGGAAGCCACUCGCCCCCUAUGACUAGCUCCAGGCCCGCACUGCUUCACAGCAACACAACUCUUCAGGGCAGCUACUCCCUCACAGCACAGACCUCACUUACAGGGGAAUCCAGCCCACAGACUUCACUUGGUGUGUCUGCUGCCCCCUGGGUUAUCAGCAACUCCAGAAAGAGAACACUGCAGGAUCGGACCCAGUUCAGUGACGGGGAUCUCAUCCAACUUAAGCGCUACUGGGACCGAGGCAUGACCAGCCUGGGCUCAGUCUGCAGGGAAAAGAUCACUGCUGCAUCGAACCAGCUCAGCGUAGACACUGAAAUAGUCAAGACAUGGAUCAGUAACAGGCGGAGGAAGUACCGUCUGAUGGGUAUUGAAAUCCCUCCACCUAAAGGUGGGCCUGCUGUAUUCACAACCUCAUCCCCAGGAAACGAAUCUCCAGUGGGCCUCAGCCCUGACGAGGAGCGGCUCAGAACGCCCGAACUCGGAGAUGACUUGAAUGAUGGGGGAUCUGUUUGUCUGUCGGAAGAUGGCACCAUCGACUCACAACAUAGAGACGGAGAAGAUGGAACAGAUUUCUCCACUGCUGCUCCACUGGCCAAUAAUGUGAAGAUCGAAGUAAUUGACGAGGAAGAAGAUGAUGAUUAUGAUGGCGAAUUAGUGGCUUCAGACCUAGAGCAAAUGCAGAGCCUGCUGGAAUUCAAGCACGAGGAAGUGCAGUUCUUGGAGCAUGAGCUAGAGAACCAAAAACAAAAAUACCAGGAGCUUGCAAGCUUUACGAAGAGCCUGCUCAGCGCUGUGAGAAAUAAUGAUCUGGAGAGACAGCAGGAACUCAUGGCUAGUCUACCUCAGCCUUCAGACCAGGACUGGGACGUGACUGUGGAGAGAGGAACCCAGCCUGCUGCUGUGUCAGCAGACGCAUCCUCCAACCACAACGACUCCCCGGCGGCUGGUGCGAGCAGCGUGGAGCCUCCACCGGCCCCAGCAUACGAAGAAGUCCCACUGGUCACCAUAAACGAAGACGACACGACAACUGAAGUUACUGAGCCCUCUGCAUCAGAGGAGCAACUACAGGAAGCAGUUUCAGAACAAAAGUGACUAUCUCAUGUACAUCAGCUCACAUAGACUCAUACAGAUGUUUCCAAACUCCACAUAGAAGCUGGUUUCACACGAGAGGGACUGUAUGGUCUUACAUUUACACAAACACUCUGGUAAACUCACGCUCCACGCCUAGUGCCUGUGGAUUGAUGCUUCUCUAUGACUGUUGGGCUGACAAAUGCCUUUUUUACUGCAUAUCAUUCGCCUUGCUCUGGACCAGUCCAGAGAGAACAAUAAACGACCUCCAAUGUA